AUGGGUCAAUCCCAAUCCUCACAGCCGCCGAGAGAGAUCCCAGUCGAGCAACUGAGCCAUGAAUUGGCCCUCCGCUUUGCCUCUAAAUGCUACACCCAUCUAGAGAUAGCCCACUACAAAGACAACUUCAAGACCUUGGCAGAUCACCAGGAAGAUGUCGAAUACUGGAAGGAAGACACGUUAUGCGGCUUCCUUGCCCUCCCAGAGCCACUCAAGGCGGGACCGGUCUUGUAUCACAUGUGUACAUACCUUGGGGCGUUCCCAUUCCCGAGUCUAGCCCCAUGUAUAUUGACCAGAGAGGCCAUGUUGAAGGUCAUCACCAUCAUGACGGGUAGGUACAAGAAGGUGUUGAAGCGAGGCGAUCAGGACAAGAUCAAACUGUUGUUCAGAAGUCUGGCGGUCUUCGAUCGGCGUCACAGUGUAGCCUCGCCGAAGGAGAGGCCGAAUAUGGAGGACAUUGUGAAGGAGCAGCUCCCGGACGACAUGUUGAAGGAGCGCGAAGUCGAGCAGGGUGUCAGCUCUCAUGUCGCUGGGUUUGCCAUUGACGAGCCGGUGAAUGAUGAUGAGGACGAAGACGACGACGACCUUGCUCUUGCGGCGCUUGAUUCGCUUGACGCCAUCGAAGUCUUCAAGCACGACCAAAAGACGAAUCGCAAGAUUAACCAUGCAUUGAUCCCUGCAGAAAACCUCAAGAAACUCAUCGCCCUCUUGCUGCUCGUCGCUGGCGUCACACCUUUGACCACGCUGGCAAUCUACGGCGAACGUCUGGAUGCGGAGCGUCUCCACGCUCUGAACACCUCGGCGGAUGCCAUCGUGGCAGCCUUUGACCCAGAACCUCACAGCGGGGGAAUCAGGUAUCCCAACUUCGUCAAGACCGUCACAACGACCUUGCCUGAUCUGUUCGAGCCUCUUAAUGCCCUGUUCGAGCAUUUCCUGUUCAGUAAGAACUUCAACCUCAACAAGCAACGUGGCCCUUUACCAGCCGUUGAGACAGUCGAUGCCAUAGCAUCACCCAUCUAUAAAUCACCCGAAGACACCACCUUCAGCACCAUCUUUACCGACACCCUCCUCGCUCAAAUGUCCAUGUCCCUGCAGAUCUCCACUUCUGCUUCCUCCUCAAGCUCUUCUUCCCUCAAGAACAUCUUCGCCUCCAAUGCCCGCUUCAACCAACUGUACUCGACUUCAUCCCACGGCACCUCCUUGUCCUCUUUCUCUCGCCAAGUCCACUCGUGGCAAUCUUCGACAUUAGUCCUCAUCUCCGGCACGCUUCCCGAUACAAACAACCCAAUCAUCAUCGGCGCAUACCUUCCCGAACCGUGGCGCGAGAAGCCAACGCCUCCCUCCUCCUCACCCGACGGACCUUCCAAAGCAUCUUGCCUCUUCCAACUCCUCCCCCGCCACUGCGUGUUCCUCGCAAACCAGUAUAACCGCACGAUUCCCUUCUCGUACUUCAACUCGAAAACAGGCAUCGCGCUGGGCUGCGUGAUCCCGCCGCAGCAGUCUCGUACAGGUCCACCUGCCCCACCAAUUUUGGGGCCGGUGAGCGUGCUGAUCGAUAGCGACAUGUCGACGUGCACAUUUCAGCACGACGGGGAUGCCGGGGUCGGUGCCUUCAUGACCGACCCGGGCCUGGAGACGGCACAGAAACAUCAACGGGAAACCACGCAACCGAAAAGGGCGGAAUUCGACCUCGACACGCUCGAAGUCUGGGGUAUCUCCUUCCCCCUCGCCCGCACCGGCUCGCUCACCGCCAGUAAUGCAGAAGAAGAUGAUGAGAUGAUCAAGCAGAAAAAGCGUCUCGCGUGGGAGGAGGCCGAGGCCGCACGACGCAGAGGAGUCAACUUUGGAGGGGAUAAGGAUGGGGCAAGGGCAUUGUUGGAGAUGGCAGGGUUGGUUGGGGACAAAGCUGGGAACAGGAGCGGCGGAUCUGUGUAA